UAUUCACAAAUGGAGGAAGGACGAAUUUGUGACCCCGUACAGCGGAGAGCAAACACAAGAGGCUGCAACCAAAAGCCCGCGAAGCCAUUCCCACAAGAGGCCCAGAGAGGAGGAAAAAGAGGAACAAAGAGGAAAUCCCACCCAGUCCCAGCCUCGCCAUGAACCUGAAGGGGGAUCAGGGGAGUGACCACAACCCCGAGGAGCUCCUGAGUGUGCCGCAGGGGAUGGAGGUGGAGCAGGUGGAGCGGGCCGGCGUGGGCUACAAGAACCUGUCCAAGAAGUUCGCCGUGUGGGGCAGGAAGGACAUGAGCCGCCAGUACUGCAUGAUCUACGCGGCCAGGCUGGAGAAGAUGAGGCCCCUGGUGGAGGCGAGGGCGAGGGAGAAGUGGGGCAGUGAAGCGGGAAUAAAGCAUCUCCACGACCUUGCUAGGGAUGGUGAGGGCGUGAGGUGUGUCAUCAUCGGCACAAUAUACAAGAAGCAGGAGCUGAAGCCGUCCAUUCUCAAGGAGAUCUCUGAAGAGCACCAGCUGAUGCCCCAACCAGUUGUGAAAAAUUAUGUGAGUGAAAGUGACGAGAUUGUUCUUGAAGAUGAGGUGCAAAGAAUACAGCUCAUUGGAAACAUCGGCAUUUCCAAGCUGGUGACGGGCCUGGUGGUUGCCGUGCUGGGGAAGGCAUGUGAAGGCGGGAAAUUUGAUGUGGAGGACAUGUGUUUUGCUGGCCUGCCUGAGCCAGGGCCUCGGGAAGUACCUAACCAGGACAGGUAUGUUCUUCUGGUGUCAGGGCUGGAGCUGAGCAAAGCCACAGAUAACCUUCUUCCCAUGGAGCUCAUGGUGGACUAUAUCACGGGUCAUCUGGGGUGUCCACAGGAACAAACAGAAGUCUCCUCCAUUUGUCGGGUCAUCAUAGCAGGCAACUCGAUCCACUGCACGGAGGGGGCGAAGGGGGAGUCGGAGUUGGUGAAGGUGGUGCGUGACCUGGACGACAUCCUCACCCAGAUUGCUAGUUCCUGUCCGGUUGAUCUGAUGCCUGGGGAGCAUGACCCAACCAACCACCUAUUGCCCCAGCAGCCCCUCCACCCCUGUGUGCUGCCCAAGGCCCGGUGUUACUCCACGAUGCACGGAGUGACAAACCCUUACGAAUGUGAGGUUGGUGGCAGAGUGUUGCUGGGAACCUCAGGGCAGAAUGUGGAGAACAUCAUGAGGUGCUCGGCCAUUGAGGACCCUCUGGAGGCAAUGCAUAAGCUGUGUGAGUGGGGACACCUCACACCCACUGCCCCAGACACUCUCUCCACAUACCCAUACUACAAGGAGGAGCCCUUCAUCAUAACACAGUGUCCAGACGUCCUUUUUGCUGGUAACCAAGACGCCUUCAGCUCCAGGAUGGUGGAAGUCUCAGGGCAGAGGGUGAAGCUGGUGAGUGUGCCGAGGUUCAACACCACCGGCACUUGUGUCCUGGUGAACCUGCACACGUUGGAGUGCCAGCCACUUGAGUUUUCCGCAGGCAUGCCGGCGCCAGGGGAGGCAAGUGUUCCCGAGGCAGUGGCUGAGGGAGAAAAGUAAAAGGUUCAGGGAGGGGAGGGGGUCACAGCAAGACAAUUCUGCAAGUUUUGUUCGUUUAUAUUUCUUUUUUUAUGAUUUUUUUAAGUACGUCAGUCUCAUGUCAUUGUUUACCAUCACCACCAUCUUGUGUUGCCUCCUUUGAGGGUUCAGUUCUGAGUCGUUUUAUCAUCAUCAUCAUCAUCUUUACCUUCUCUAUCAUGGAAAGAAUAUUGAAUUGGUGUUUUCUUGUGAUCAUUUUCAUUACGUUUCAAUAAAAAAGAUUCUUUGAGAUUGCUACACCUACGUUAAUGCCAUGAGUAACUUUUCUAAAGAAUUUGUUCGGAUUUGUUUUUCUUUCAUCAUAUUCAUAGUGAUAUUAUUCUGUUGAAGGAUUUACUUUAACAUGCAUUCUGAGGGUGGAUCAUUUCAUCACCAUUGAGACCAAAUUUCCUGCAAGAUGUUCCUUUUGAAUAUUAAGGUCACUGGAUUAUGAUGACCAUUACCCCGGUAGCAGCGACGGGCCAAAUUUGUGCCAUGAUAUAAACCCUCCCAAAAUAGAUGAUACAUAAUCUGAUCACAAAUGCUUUGAUAUAUAUUAUGAAAUGGUUUGUGUGAGGGGUUAUUUUUUCUCAUUUUUCUUGCUUGGAGGGACCGUUAACAAACAUGAUCCCCGCUGCUACCGGGUUAAAAGUUAGGUACAUACAUAGGUCCCCUCAGUAAAAGUUAGGUACAUACAUACGUCCCCUCAGUAAAAGUUAGGUACAUACAUACGUCCCCUCAGUAAAAGUUAGGUACAUACAUACGUCCCCUCAGUAAAAGUUAGGUACAUACAUACGUCCCCUCAGUAAAAGUUAGGUACA